GUGCCUGCCUAACAACACCAUAAACUUAGCAACGAGCGAAAAGCAUCGUCAGAUGUUGUAAAUUUCCCUGGAAGAAGGUCGUCGAAAUCUUCUUGUAAAAUGUACAAACUAGACCUGCCCGUUGAUUAUAAGGAGGCGUCAGCCAUCGAAAGGCGGAGAAAUGUCGAAGAGCAGCGUAAAUCCAGAAUAUUCAAUGCGCGAGUUAGGACCAUUGGGAUUGACCCUCAGGCUCUUGAGCAACAGGCCCUUGACAAAAAGGAGCAGGAAGAAUAUGAACAUAGAAGGCAUCAAGCAUUUGCUGCUGAUGCUGUCCGCAAUGAUCUGAUAGCACAGCUGCUUGAACAAAGACAGGAACAAGACAUCAGGGAGCUCAACAAGGCAGAGAAUGAUUUUCGAGCACUACACCAACAGCCAGAAAACCGACGAGAGUGGGAUUUGUGCGACCCAGAUGGACUGAAGAAAGAUAAACCCGCACGUGUGUGCGAUGAUGACCCCAGGUGUGGCAUCUCCAGCAUUCAGAAGUUUGAUGGUGAGGAUCUGAACAGCAAGGCCAGGAACAAAUUCCAACAGGAACAGCUUCGAGAAUGGCAAACACAGCAGAUGAACGAGCGAGAACAAGCCAAGCGUAAUCAGGAUAUGGCAGACAGACUGUAUGAGCUGAAGAUGCGUGAGCUGGAUCAGAGAGCCAUGGAGCUGCAGGAUGCAGAGGAACAGUGUCGUAGAGCAAUCAACCAUGCCACAAAGGACUUCAACGCUGCACUCGAUCGUGACAGAAAAGAGAAGGAGGCACUGUCUCGUCAGCAGCAACUUGAUGACAAUGCCACAGAGAUUGCCAACCACAUAUAUGGUGACAUCCUGACAGAGAACCCCUCUGUAGCUCAGAGUGCAUUCGGCCCCCAUCGCGUGAUCCCCGACCGGUGGAAGGGCAUGUCCCCUGCACAGGUGGAGGCAGUACGUAAACAACAGGACCUCCAGAGGAUGGAGAAAGAUCGGCUUAAGCAGGAAGAGGAACUCAAAGACAAGGAAUGGGAACGCCAGCAAGUGGCCAAUGCUCGUGCAGCACUGCUGCUAGAACGUGAGAUGGCGCGAAAGAAGCAAGAAAUGGACAGGCAGAUGGCUGAUGAGAACAGACGCUUGUCUCAGGAGCAGAAGGCCCACAAGGACUACCUCUACAAGGAAGUGUACACCAACCCUCCCACCGCUGCCUACUUCAUGCAGUUCAACACCACCACCCGAUAGACAGAAGUGGCAUCACAUUUCAUUAUACUCAUUUGCUUCUCACAUCACCCUUAAGUUAAUUUCAAUUAUAUUUUUUUCCUACUUCUUAAAUUUCCAUGGCCUGUGGUUUGAUGACCAAGCUUCUAAGUGUUAUGAAAUUAUUUGAUUUUUUGGGGUAAAAAAUCUAUAUGGGAAUUUGUGAAAUUGCUCUCUUUUUUUAGAUGAAGCUGUUCCAGGCAAUCUAGGUUUUAUUGAUAUUCAGUAUUCAGCUGCAUAAAAGUUUGUCUGUCCAAGGCAUGCAGGCUUUAUUGGUGUCUUCGAUUUUAACCAUUGAUUUGUUGGUUGAAAUUGCCAUGUGUUAAAUCAACAUGCAAAAUGUGAUAUUUUUAGCAAAUAUAUUUUACACCGAAAUCAAGAACUUUGACAAAGGAUGAAAGGAAUGGAUGCAUUUGUUUAAUGAGAUUGUUUUGAGUGUUUAUGCUCAUGGUUUGACCUUUUUAUACACAAAUUUUAAGAAUGUAAACAAGCCAGUUUUUUUGGAACCAGUAAACUAUAAACCUCAACAUCACCUGUUACAUUCCAGAAGUCGAAAUAUGCAUCCCAAAGUACUUGUUAUAAUGUUGUUUGUAUUUAUCUGUAAAUAGAUUUAAGUUUGCAAGUGUACAGAUUUUGUUUGUGUGACAGUCCGUCCAGAAUAAUACAUCAUAAGCAAAAGCUGAAAUUCUCUUUUCACAAUUAUAAUACUAAUAGUCUCUGACUAUAUGAAUAAAUUCACAUGACCUAUAA